AUGAAGUUGCACACAAUGAUACGAUUUCUUCUUUCCGUGUGCUGCAUUGUGAACGUCUUCGAAUCAGCAGAUUUGGCCUUCAUACCGCUCACCAAAGCGUUUCUUGACAAACUGAAAAAUGAAACUUUGUACAACAGAUUUGCAACUCCAACACAAUAUGACGGUGUCCCUACAAACGUCACAUUAUCUAUGUUUAUCGAAGGAAUGAGCUCAUUCAGUGCUCAAACAAUGGAUUACCAUCUAGACGUGUAUUUUCAAGAAGAAUGGUACGACCAUCGUCUUGCUCACAAUGCUUCGGCUCCAAUUCUUGUCCGAGACUUGACAGUUUUCAAAAUGAUGUGGCACCCGGAUGUAUAUUUUGCAAAUGCAAGAUCCGCCGCUUUCCAGGACAUCACCGACGACAACUUUCUUGUAUGGGUUUAUCCAAACGGGCGUGUUUGGUAUGACGCGAGAAUCUCAAUUGUCAGCUCCUGCAAUAUGGAUCUUUGGAAGUAUCCAUUGGACUCGCAGGAAUGUGCACUUCGGAUACUCUCAUAUGCUUACCCAAUGACAGUUCUUCGUCUUCUCUGGUCAGAAAAAGAGGACGUUCCGGCAAUCGACCGUAAUCCAGACAUCACCAUGCCGGAUAUGUCGUUAAAACACAUUAGGACAGGAUAUUGCAACGGAACUUAUGCCACUGGAGAAUGGAGUUGUAUGACGGCCAUUUUCUAUGUGGAAAGAGAAAUGAUGCACCAUGUCAUGCAGACUUAUGUGCCUACAGCUCUAAUAGUUGUGAUUUCCUGGUUUAAUUUCUGGCUGGAAAUUGACUCAGCUCCAGCAAGAGUAUCGUUGAGCAUUACCACUCUCCUAACAAUUUCAACACAAGCUAAUGCAGUGAAACUUGCAUUGCCAGAAGUGAGCUACAUGAAAGCUAUCGACGUAUGGAUGGGAUCUUGCAUGGCAUUCGUAUUCGGUGUCAUGAUAGAGUUUACAAUUUGUCACUACGCUAAGAAUUUGGAGAUGCUUCGUGGCGACGGACAACCGUCGCUGAUCGUCGACACUGCUCUCUCAACAUUGUUCGGAGCGGCCCGAGAUAUAGACGAUCUGGUGCGAAAAGUGGCCACGCUUAACGAGGAGGAAGGUGUUCGGGGGGACGGAGAACAACAUAUUGCAUUGAAUAUGCUAAAUCCAGAGGAGCCGCGGCUACGCUCGUUGAAUCAAAACAACGAUGUUACGGCGAACGGGACCAGAUAUUUCGUUGGUGCGGAAAGGAUGAAGCGGAAACGGUCAAAAGCGUCGCUAUCCAGACUUCGUCAACAGGUAGCGAGCAUGCGUCACGCUACGAUUGACGUCUCUCGUCGUGCUUUUAACUGGACACGCGCCCUUCGAAAUCUACGCGGACGGCGAGUGGCUCAACGCAUUGACGAGCGGUGUCGUAUUGUAUUCCCGAUGAUAUUCUUGCUAUUCAAUGUGGCCUACUGGAGCUUCUACCUUGUCUUCAACUAGCAUUCUCUUAUUCACUGUGAUUGAUCUCUACGUUGUGCAUGUCCUCAAAUCUUUUCUUGUUUUUUUUCUCAUUUUUCUUGAUUCAGGUUACCAACUCGCUAACUUUUCAACAUUUACGAUGAUGAUAUUAGCCAUUUUAAUUUGAAAAUAAAUUAUUAUGUAUUAAG